CAGCCUCCUGCUCUCUCUGUGCUGAACUAAGGACUUUCUCUGCCUGGAAGUCUAAAAUCCGCCAGCAUCUCGGAAGCAGAGGUUGUGCUUUUGGCUCGGACCUGCCAAAGCCUCACAACCCCCCCACCCCUCCUCCUCUCCCUGCAUGCUCUAGUCGGUGUCGGAGCCUCCAUCCCUCUCCCCGGCUGCUGGCCAGCCUCUACACCCUGCUGCAGGCUCUGCUGCGGCGCGGCGCGGCGCUCCGGAGCGGAGCAGCGGCGGACGGAUCGGCUGCCUUCUGACAAGCGGAGUUACGCUCUUCAGCAUCCUGGCGCUUCAACAUGUCUCCGAGGAGUCAAAUACUCGCUGGGAUUAUCGCGUUUGUCGCCUCAGCGCUGCUCGGCUCACGCGGGACGGAUGGAGAAGAGGUGUGUGACAACCCUCUGGUGUCCAACCUGCCGCCGUCGUCCUUCAGGAGCUCCUCCCAGCUGUCGACCAGUCACGGACCGGGCUUCGCCAAAGUCAACAGACGAGAAGGAGCUGGAGGCUGGUCUCCUCUGUGGUCAGAUGAGCACCAGUGGUUGGAGGUGGAUCUGCAGAGACGGACCCAGAUCACCGCCGUGGCCACGCAGGGCCGCUACGGCAGCUCUGAUUGGCUGACGACCUACCUGCUGAUGUUCAGCGACACGGGACACAACUGGAGGCAGCACCGGCAGGAGGACAGCUUGGGGGCGUUUCCAGGUAACAGCAACGCGGACUCUGUGGUCCAGUACAAGCUUGACCAGCCAGUGAUCGCCCGCUACCUUCGUCUGAUCCCACUGGACUGGAACCCCACCGGGCGGAUCGGACUCAGGCUGGAAAUAUACGGCUGCAGAUACACCUCUGAGGUGGCGGGUUUUGAUGGGAAAAGCAGCCUUGUCUACAGACUGAGUGCCAGAACGAGCUGGACAGCGAGGGAGAGCAUCUCUCUGAAGUUUAAAACCCUGAGGAAUUCAGGAACGCUGCUUCACGCGAAGGGACAGAGGGACCACAGCCUCAACCUGGCGCUGGAGCGAGGAAAGCUGCUGCUCCACCACCAGCAAGAUGUGAGUUCAGGUUCUGGGGGCAAACUUCUGGUUUCUCUCGGGAGUCUGCUGGAUGACCAGCACUGGCACCACGUGAAGCUGGAGCGGCUCGGCUCUCACCUCAACCUGACGGUGGAUAGAAACACGCAGCAGGUCCUCGUCCCCGCCGAGCUCAGCCACUGGCACAUUCACACGCUCAGCGUGGCAGCGGUCCAGAGCCACGGACUCCAAACUCCAAUCCUGCCCAACAGGAACUUCCACGGAUGCAUGGAAAACCUUUUAUACAACGAUCUGAAUCUGAUCCGACUGGCCAAGCAGGGCAGCCCGCAGGUCGCUGCACUGGGCAACACGACCUUUUCUUGCAGCGAGCCGGUUUUUGUCGCCGUGACGUUCACCGGCUCUCACAGCUUCCUCCAGCUGCCUGUGCUGACAUCAUGGCUGUCAGGGGUCGUUUCCAUAGCGCUGCAGUUCAGGACGUGGAACAAGGCAGGGCUGCUGCUGACCUUUGACCUCCAGCAGCAGGAAGGCUCAGUCUUCCUGUAUGUCAGUGAAGCCAGGCUUCGCCUUCAGAUCAGUAAAGAGGGAAAUUCUCUCCUGGAGCUCAGCACCGGWGCGGGUCUGAAUGACGGCCAGUGGCAUUCUGUGGAGCUGAACUCGAUGGAAAACCGUCUGAGCAUCACGGUGGACAGAGACGAAGGAGCCACGGCUCACACCAGCAUCCCUCUUCCUCCCGCCGCAGACAGUCAGCUCUUCUUUGGCGGCUGUCCUGCUCAGGGCGGCGGGUUCAGCUGCAGAAACCCGAUUCAGGGGUUUCAGGGAUGCAUGCGUCUCUUGAAGUUGGACGGCGAAACGGUCGACUUGAUAAAAGUGCAAGAAAGACGUCUGGGAAACUACAGCGACCUGAAGAUUGAUAUGUGUGGCAUCAUUGACAGGUGUUCGCCGAGUCACUGCGAACACGGAGGAAGAUGCUCUCAGUCCUGGAGAAACUUCCACUGCAACUGCUCCAACAGCGGCUACCGAGGAGCCACCUGCCACAGCGCCAAAUACGAACCGUCGUGUGAGGUCUACAAGCACCAAGGCGACACGUCGGGUCACUUCUACGUCGACGUGGACGGCAGCGGACCAAUCAAACCGCAGCUCGUUUACUGCAACAUGACGGAGGACCAGACGUGGAUUAUAAUCCAGCAUAACAACACAGAGCUGACUCCAGUCCAGGCCUCCGCUGACACCAACCAACACUUCGCCAGCUUCCUGUAUCCGUCUGAGGAGAAGCAGCUUUCCGCCGUCAUCAGCCAAUCAGAGCACUGCGAGCAGGAGCUUUCCUAUCACUGCAGGAAGUCCCGCCUCUCCAACAGCCUGGAUGGGACUCCUUUCAGCUGGUGGGUCGGCGGCCCGGCUUCGGGUCAGAUCCAGAACUUUUGGGGCGAAGCUUUGCCCGGCAGCCGGCAGUGCGCUUGUGGUCUGCAGGACAACUGCCUSGACUCGAGCUUCUACUGCAACUGUGAUGCUGACUAUGACCUAUGGACUGAGGACUCUGACCUUCUCACCCAGAAGGAGAGCCUCCCAGUCCGGUUGCUGGUUCUGGGAGACAUUCACCGGCCGGGUUCGGAGGCCGCCUACAGGGUGGGGCCUCUCCGUUGCCAUGGAGACAAGAACUUCUGGAAUGCUGCGUUUUUUGACAAGGAGACGUCGUACCUUCACUUCCCCACCUUUCAUGGAGAGCUGAACGCAGACAUCUCCUUUCUGUUUAAGACGACGUCUUCCUCUGGGCUGUUCCUUGAAAACCUCGGCAUCAAGGACUUCAUUCGAAUAGAGCUCAGCUCUUCCACAGAGGUCGUCUUCUCUUUUGAUGUGGGGAACGGACCUCUGGAGGUCAAAGUGCGCUCCGACCUCCCGCUAAAUGACGACCGGUGGCACAGCGUGAGAGCGGAGCGAAACGUGAAGGAGGCGUCGCUGCGCGUCGACGACCUGCCUGCUGCCGUACGAGAAGCUCCGACUGAUGGAUUUAUUCAUCUGCAGCUCAACAGCCAGCUAUUUAUAGGAGGCACCGCGUCACGGCAGAAAGGCUUUCUGGGCUGCAUCCGCUCUCUGCAGCUGAACGGCGUCACACUGGACCUGGAGGAGAGGGCAAGGAUCACACCUGGCGUCCGACCCGGCUGCCCCGGGCACUGCAGCAGCUACGCAGCGCUCUGCCAGAACCAGGGUCGGUGUGUGGAAAGGGCCAGCGGGUUCUCCUGUGACUGCAGUCGCUCUGCCUACACCGGAGUCUUCUGUCACGAAGAAGUUUCAGGCAGCUUUGAGCCGACAACAUCCAUCACAUAUAUCGUAAAGGAGCCAUAUGAGGCGAGCAAGAACAGCAGCUCUCUGCACUCAUCCAUCUACUCGGAUAUCACACUGAGAGGAGACGACGUCUCSCUGAGCUUCAGGACCAGUCAAAGCCCCGCGCCGCUGCUCUAUGUCAGCUCUUUUUACAGGCAAUACUUGAUCCUGCUCAUCAAUAAACAUGUGACGUCUGACGUGGAGUUUAACGUUAAAUCCAUCAUUCUGGGGAGAGUUCCAGAGUCUGAAGGCCUGAGCGCGGAUCUCGCCGGCUUGGCAUCCGCCGGCUUCACCGGUUGUCUGUCGGCCGUUCGCUUCGGCUCCUUCUGUCCUCUGAAAGCUGCUCUGCUGCGACCCGACGGCCGCGUUUCUGUCGCCGGCGCCGUCGUGGCGUCAAGCUGCGCCGCGCCGGCUCAGGCCGAUUCCUACGCAGCAGAAACGACACAUUCGCUGUCAGACCAGCCUCACUCUGUGGAUCCUGGCCAGCCUUUAGUCAACACCAUUCGCAGUGAUUCAGCUCUAGUUGGAGGUGUGAUUGCAGUGGUCAUAUUUAUCGUGGUGUGCGCGGCGGCCAUCUUGGCUCGGUUCAUCUGCAUCAGAAAGGAGACGUAUCGGAACCAGGAAGUGAAAGCGGCGCAGCCCGGUGACGGCAGCGCGUUCCCGUUCAGCGGCCAGCCGGACUCUCUGAGCGUUCAAAGUGAAAACCAGAAGGAGUUUUUCAUUUAGCACAAAAUAACCUCAAAGGACUGAGCUGGAUAAAUUACCAAACAGUGCUUUACUCCUUCUUCCCCUUUCGUUUUAUUUAUUUAUUUAUUUUUGUAAAUACGGACUGGCAGAGAUAUUGGACUCACUUUAAAGAGUUCAAUAUUUGAACUUGUACAGUUUGUAGUGAUUUGUGUGCUUAUUUAGAUCCAUUUCUAAAGUUUUCUGUCUAACAGAGAAUGAUAAACAUUGCACUGCAAAAACACAAAAUCUUACCAAAUAUUUUUGGUCUAGUUUCUAUUUCUGUCUUACACUUGAAAUGAGACAAAACAUAUAAGUAACUUUGUAGCAAGAUGWAGAGGCUUGAUUUAGGUAAAUAAUUCCUUAAAAUUGAAGAAAAAAGUUAUAGUUCCACUGGCGGAUUGUUUCACUUAUUUCACAACUGACAGGCACUGCCGUUACCUAGCAACCCCAGCCAAGUCCAGGCCGUUACCUAGCAACCCAGUUCUAGUUCCACUGGAAUAUUAUGUCUCUUAUAACCUGGAAAAAUUUAUUUUUACAAGUGAAAUAAUCCACCGAGAAUAAUCAGUAAAUAAACUACCAAAAAUGUCACAUGU